AUAUAAUUGACAAGAUGUCAUCUCAACGAUUUAUUCCAUAAAAAUUAAUAUCUCUGUGAUAUUUCAAAUGUUUCCAAAAUGGUAGCUUUAAUAGGCGUGGUGAUAGGAUUUAUGCUGAUAAUAUUUAAUGAUGAAAUAUUCCAAUACUCCCCACCGCCUCCCGGUCCCUUAGUUUCGUCGUAUUUAUUUCUUUUGGCUUUAUUUUUACUUCUCUGUGAACUUGAAGUUUAUCCAGCAUCGUUGAGAAAGUUGGGUACGAUAUUUCAAAAUAUUAUUGAGAUGUUUAUAGCUGCUUUUAUAGCUGAAAUUAUUAUAGUUGGUUUUUGGUUUCCCUUAGAAGCGAAUGUGAUGCGCGCUUUGGAAAAAUCGGCUGAUGUUAUCGAAGAAUUAGUUUGGAGCGAUAAUUAUUGGAAUUGUGAUACUCUAUGCAAUAUAUUGAGAAGCAGAAUCGCAAGAUAUGUUGUUAGUUAUAUGCUUAGUGCUUUCUUCCUCAUUAUUGUACUCCACGCGUCAAGAGCCAUUGAUUUGAGAGCUUUAGACGAAGGUGUAGAUUGUUUUAUAAACGACAUCGUCUUCAGAGUUAAGCGUAAUAUCAAAAGACAAAUAAAAAAAUUGACAAAUCCAAAAUAUACCGAAGACAUAUCUGAUAGAGUAGAAGAUCAACUUAUCAGGCAGUUGGUAAAUGGUACUUGUUCCGAUGAUUUAACAUCUCUAAAUGGAACUAAAUUACAAACGACACAAAACAAAAAACGAAGAAGAUCUAGUAGAAUAAAAAGAACUAAAAUGAACGGCGGUAAUGGUGAGGGAGAUGAUUAUGGUAAUUGCAUAUAUGACUAACGGUACCUACUAUACUUCGGAUUUUUUGAAAUAAAAUAUUAUGUGAGAAAAAUUUAUUAAAACACUCGAACAGUAUCAAAUUA